AUGGCGACCAUAGAGCUGGACCCGCACUUCGUGCGAGCCAUACGGCUCAUGAACUCGACGACGGUGAGGGACGCGGACGAGCAGAUCAGGACGAUGCUGGAGGAGGCCGUAAAGCAGAAGUACGGCACGGCCAAGACGAUCGCCGUGAUAGAGAAGGAGAGCAUGGGGAAGAGGAAGGAGGAGGUGGUGGUGGUGGGGGAGUCUGGCCCGGAGAGCGGCCGGCCCUCCCCCGAGGUGGUGGACCUGGAAGACGACGAGUUCGGGCUGGGCAUACUGGAGGACGACCUGACGUGCGUGGUGUGCCACGGCAUGGGCGUGACGGCUCGCAACCAGCUGGUGGAGUGCGUGGAGUGCCACGCCCUGUACCACCAGGAGUGCCACAGCCCGCCCGUCACCGACAUGAACGACGCGCGCUCCGUGUGGUACUGCGCCGGCUGCGCCAAGGCCGUGGGCAAGCCCCCCGCCAGGGCCUCGCCCAAGUUCCUGGAGCGCCAGGACGCCGCCCCCUUCAAGCCGCCGAGCGGGCGGUCCACGCCCAACGCCACGCCCGCCGCCCUCCCCAAGAGCCCCGCCGGUGCGGGGGGCAGCAAGCUGGCCAAGCCGGCGCCGCCCAAGGUCAACAUAGUGAGCGUGGACAAGCGCCUGCAGGACAUGAAGAAGAAGGCAGCGGCCAAGCUGCACGAGAAGCGCAAGCACCCCAAGUAGCUUCUUCAGUAGCUUCUUCGCGCGUUCCGUCGCCCUCAGAGUUGUCCUUCCUUCUUCAUUCAUUCUGUCAUUGAGUCUUUGUUCAAGUCCAUGAGUGUGCUUAGCAAAGUUAAUUUGUAUGGAAAUUAUUCAUAAGCUCUCAUUCAAAUUAACAACAUAAAUUCAUUAGUCAUAAAGUUUGUUUGAUAUGAAGGAACAACAGGUUAUAAAAAAAAAAAAACACUUGAAAUAUGAAGUUACAGUAUUUAUGUGCUUAAUAAUACAUACAUUUAAUGUAGAAAUUUUAAAUCAGUUGACUUGAACUAAACUAGAAUGUUUCAAAUAUUGCUGUUAUAUGAAUAUGUAUGUAUUGUUCGAAGAGACCUUCUGAGUAACGAUCUGCAAAACAUAAUGUUCUGAACUAUAAUUAAAACUAUGAUUGUAGCAAUUGGCUACAUAAAUUUUGUUCCAAAAUAGGUACUGCUUGUCUGAGGUCUGUCACUUCAGGUUUUACUGCAUGUACUGGUGGGCAUUUGAACUUGAACGUAGGAAUGUACCAGUUAGCCAGUCCAUUUGAUUGAAAAAGGCUGGUGUUAAAGUGGUGUGUGUAACAAAUAGUUUACUUUUACUUCAAUGUAUUCACUUGGGAUAACUCAUGUGCGUACUUAUUUACUUUUAGUUAUUUUCAUGUUACUUCACUUAAUUUUGACAGACAUUGUGACCAACAAAAUAUUUGGUUAGCAUAUUAAUCUCUGCCUUUCGAAAAAAUGUAUCAGGUGAUGAGUUACAGUAUUCACAAGAAUUUAAGACGCAUCUUUAUAGACACCUGUAUUUUGUGGGAAAUCAGACAUUUUGUUAGACUGGCACUCUUGAGUCAAGUUUUGCCAAUUUUGUUUUAUUAUUGGCUAUGGUCUGUGAUUUUACGUUUGACAUGGCGUGUGAGAAUGUGGUUGCUUACUACUGAACAUCAAUGAUUCACAGUAAAAGUAAGGAAAAAGC